GUGACCGAGAACAUAAUCUCCAAGCAGACGUUUCAGGAAGCGAGAACGUUACCUCGCACCUUCAACACUUCCGGGUCAACGUUUGCGACCUCUGUGACCCAGCGUCCGUCAGCCCACCUGACCCUCAGAGACAGCAGUGCUCAAGCAGGGUCUCCUUCGUACCCCACCCCCCAGCCCGACCUCCACCAAUCAUGUCGCCACGCCGUCCGUUCCUGGGCCAAUCAGAGCUUUGGUGCCCAUCUUCACAACAUGACCUUAGCCAAUGGGAGGCUGCGUGUGCCCCAGGAUGGGCGGUACUACCUGUACUCACAGGUGUACUUCCGCUACCCAUCCCUUAAUGAAGGGGACCAGCAUACAACCAGUCACCAGCUGGUCCAGUGUGUAUACAAGAAGACGUCCUACCUGAGACCCAUCCAGCUGCUGAAGGGUGUAGGCACCAAGUGCUGGGCCCCAGACGCGGAGUACGCCCUCCACUCUGUGUACCAGGGAGGGCUGUUUGAGCUAAGGGCCGGGGACGAGCUCUUUGUCUCUGUCUCGUCCCCCUCCAUGGUCCACGCAGAGGAUUCAGCCAGUUAUUUUGGGGCAUUCCGUUUGGACCUGUAAAGAUGGACGGAUGGAGAAGAGAGGGUGGUACACCGCCGGAAGAGGGGGAUGGGUGGGAUAAAAAGGAAAGGUGGAGGAAAGGAGGACAGGGUCA